AGCUGAGCUCAGCGCCCGCCCCUUCCUCCGAGUCGGGAGCCGCGCCGCGCCGCGCCAUGCCGAGACACGAGUUCUUUGUAGACAUGACCUGCGAAGGCUGCUCCAAUGCAGUCACCCGUGUCCUGCACAGACUGGGAGGUGUCCAGUUUGAUAUUGACCUGCCCAACAAGAAGGUGUACAUUGAGUCAGAGCACAAUGUUGACACCCUAUUGGAAACUCUAAAGAAGACUGGAAAGAGCGCAUCCUACCUGGGGGAGAAGUCUGUGCAGUAGCCUGCUGUGAGGAGGCUAGGAACUCAAAACCUGACCAGCAAAUAAGAUGGUUUAAGCUGUUUGCAUAUCUCCCACCUUGCUCUGCCAUUUGACCUUUGCUACCCUGCCAGAUGUCGGAAAGGAGAGAGCUGGCAGGAGGAGACAGCUGCAUUUGGGCUUUAAAAGUGGACAAAUCUAGAGAAGGAGGUUAUAUGCUGUUUCUAGUCCCACAGUAAAUCGAGGUGCUGCUUCUAUCUUUCA